UUUGAUCGCAGGCUGAUACCUGGAACCCUUGCUGGGUGUCAUGGAGGCGUCCCGAGGGUCUGCGGAAGCCGCGGCCUUAAGCCCGGAGCAGGCUGCCCGUUACCUGAGAUAUGUGAAAGAGGCCAAAGAAGCAACUAAGAAUGGAGAUCUGGAAGAAGCAUUUAAACUUUUCAAUUUGGCAAAGGACAUUUUUCCCAAUGAAAAGGUGAUGAGCAGAAUCCAAAAAAUACAGGAAGCCUUGGAAGAGUUGGCAGAACACGGAGAUGAUGAAUUCACAGAUGUGUGCAACUCUGGCCUGCUGCUCUAUCGAGAGCUCCACAACCAACUAUUUGAGCACCAGAAGGAAGGUGUAGCUUUCCUCUAUAGCCUAUAUAGGGAUGGAAGAAAAGGUGGUAUCUUGGCAGAUGAUAUGGGAUUAGGGAAGACUGUGCAGAUCAUCGCUUUCCUUUCUGGUAUGUUUGAUGCCACACUUGUGAAUCAUGUGCUGCUGAUCAUGCCAACCAAUCUAAUUAGCAUGUGGAUUAAAGAAUUUGUUAAGUGGACUCCAGGUAUGAGAGUGAAAACCUUUCACGGUCCUAGUAAGGAUGAACGUGCCAGAAACCUCAGUCGGAUUCAGCUAAGGAAUGGUGUCGUUAUCACUACGUACCAAAUGUUAAUCAAUAAUUGGCAGCAGCUUUCAAGCUUGAACGGCCGAGAGUUUGUGUGGGACUAUAUCAUCCUUGACGAGGCACAUAAAAUAAAAAGCUCAUCUACUAAGUCAGCAAUAUGUGCUCGGGCUAUCCCUGCCCGUAAUCGCAUCCUCCUCACAGGAACCCCAAUCCAGAAUAAUUUACAAGAACUGUGGUCCCUGUUUGAUUUUGCUUGUCAAGGGUCGCUGCUAGGAACAUUAAAAACUUUUAAAAUGGAGUAUGAAAAUCCUAUUACUAGAGCAAGAGAGAAGGAUGCUACCACAGGGGAAAAAGCCUUGGGAUUUAAAAUAUCUGAAAACUUAAUGGCAAUCAUAAAACCCUACUUCCUCAGGAGGACGAAAGAAGAGGUACAAAAUAAAAAGUCAAGCAACCUAGAGGUCAGACUUAGUGACAAGAAUCCAGAUGUUAAUGCCGUUUGUGAAAUGCCUUCCCUUUCCAGGAAAAAUGAUUUAAUUAUUUGGAUACGUCUUGUGCCUUUACAAGAAGAAAUAUACAGGAAAUUCGUGUCUCUAGAUCAUAUCAAGGAGUUGUUAAUGGAGACACGCUCACCUUUGGCUGAGCUAGGUGUCUUAAAGAAGCUGUGUGAUCAUCCUAGGCUCCUAUCUGCACGAGCUCGUCUUUUGUUGAAUUUAGGGUCUGUGAAAUUCUCUGUUCAAGGUGAAAAUGAAGGGGAAGGUUCCUCAGAUGUGGACCAGAUUGAUCAGAUCACUGAUGAUACACUGAUGGAAGAAUCUGGAAAAAUGCUGUUUCUAAUAGAGCUUCUUGAGAGACUACGAGAUGAAGGGCAUCAGACUCUGGUGUUUUCACAGUCACGACAAAUUCUAAACAUCAUCGAACGCCUCUUAAAGAAUCGGCACUUUAAGAUUUUGCGAAUCGAUGGAAUGAUUACUCAUCUUGUGGAACGAGAAAAAAGAAUUAACUUAUUCCAGCAAAAUAAAGAUUACUCUGUUUUUCUGCUUACCACUCAAAUAGGUGGUGUUGGCUUAACAUUAACUGCAGCAACUCGAGUGGUCAUUUUUGACCCUAGCUGGAAUCCUGCAACUGAUGCCCAAGCUGUGGAUAGAGUUUACCGAAUUGGACAAAAAGAAAAUGUUGUAGUUUAUAGGCUGAUCACUUGUGGGACUGUAGAGGAAAAAAUCUACAGAAGACAGGUUUUCAAGGACUCCUUAGUAAGACAGACUACCGGUGAUAAGAAGAACCCUUUCCGAUAUUUUACUAAACAAGAAUUAAGAGAGCUCUUUACAAUUGAGGAUUUUCAGAACUCUGCAACUCAGCUGCAGCUUCAGUCUUUGCAUGCUGCUCAGAGGAGAUCUGAUAAGAAACUAGAUGAACAUAUUGCCUACCUUCACUCUUUGGGGAUAGCCGGAAUCUCUGACCAUGAUUUGAUGUACACACGUGAUCUGUCUGUUAAAGAAGAGCUUGAUGUGAUUGAAGAAUCUCAGUAUAUUCAACAAAGGGUUCAGAAAGCUCAAUUCCUUGUUGAAUUAGAGUCUCAGAAUACAGAGCUCUUAGUGGAAAGACAAAGGACUGGAAAUGAGGGGUUCUGGCCAAGAGAACCUAUAUUCCCUCCUCAAACAAAGAAGAAAUGCCCUGAAUUGAAGAAACCGCAGCCGUGGCCUUCCACACUUCUAACCCAGGAAGAAGAAAUAAGUUCCCAAAUAGCAAGUAUAAUCAUUGAUGAUCUGCCUGAAAAGAGUCAGAAUCAAGAUCUCUCCGAUGUAAAGGUGAAUGUAACCAUCUUGCAAGAUGGUAGUCACCCACCUGAAAGUACAUUUGAUGCCGACUCUGUGGCUACUUUACCCAAGGGGUGUGGUAGUGUGGAUGAAAUUUGGACUAACCCCUUGGGAACGGCUAUACAGAAAGAGGCAUUGCAAGAGGGGCCUACGCAGGAGACACCACAAGAGAACCCUCUGGGAAAUUGUAAUUAUUCACUUAGCAAAUCGGUCAGAGCUGAUCUUGGGCCACAUCUAGAUCAACUGAAGGAUGAUGAGAUUUUACCUCACUGCAAUCCCUGGCCCAUGAGUCCCAUGACCAGUGCAAAUGAAAAUACAGAAUCGAGCACAUCUGUAAUUCAAAUAGCUGCUGAUGAUGAUGUGUCAGCAUCUCAUGGUACACUACAGGAUGCUCAAGUCAGUGAGGCCAAGUUGGAAGAGGAACCUUCAGCAUCCUCAUCAAAGUAUGCAUGUGAUUUCAAUCUUUUCUUGGAAGACUCUGCUGCCGACAAUGGACAAGAUCUUUCCAGGCAGUCUUUGCAACAUGUUGAGGAUGAAAGUAGCCUGUGCGGUGCUGCAGCUAAUUCUAAAGCAGAGGUCGAGCACGGCAAAGCCUGUCUCAGUAUGGAUCUUUCUGAGACACACGAUGAUGAGCCAGAAGAAGUAGUAGUUAAUGUGAAAGUCAGAAGGAAAGCUAGAAGAAUCGUUUCAGAUGGCGAAGAUGAAAAUGAUACUUUUAAAGAUACUUCUAGCACAGAUCCAUUCAACACACCUCCCUUUCAGCUGUCACCUAUAAAACAGUUUGAUGCUUCCACUCCCAAAAGUGACAUCAGUCCUCUGGGAAGGUUCUUUUCACUGAAAAUGGCUGAUAGUAUAAAUAAGUCUGUAACCUCUAGAAGAUCCCUGGCUUCUAGGAGGUCUCUUGUUAAUGUGGUUUUUGACCAUGUGGAGGAUAUGGAGGAAAGACUUGACAACAGCAGUGAAGCAGAGGUUGCUGAAGAUUACCUGGAGGAUGGAGCCGAGGAAAGCAGUGGCGAGGUCUCAGAGUGUACAGAAGAUCCUCCUGGCAAAACACUGCCUUCAGAAAAUAAGUUAACAACACCUGAGCCUGAUGCUUUGGAUCAAGAGACCUCUCCUGGUGACCCAGGACAGACCUCUUUGUCUGGUAGACAGUUGGUUGAUUCUCCCCAGGAUGAAGCAGUGGAGGCUGUGAAUGACUAUGAGACCCUUGUAAUUCGUGGAAAAGAACUGAAAGAGUGUGGGAAAAUACAGGAGGCCUUAAACUGCUUUGUUAAAGCACUUGACAUAAAAAGCGCUGAUCCUGAAGUCAUGCUCAUGACUUUAAAUUUGUAUAAGCAGCUUAAUAAACCUUAAGACUAUAACCUGUUUAUUGUUAAAAUGAGACAGUGAGUAUGAAUUUGUACCUGUAACUGGAUUCUUUGGAAGCAUAAAACAUUUAAGCUUAAGGUGAGAGAGAUUUCAAAAAGCACGUUUUUGGUUUUAACAGUCUUGUAAAUUCUGCAUUUACUCCCUCUUCCUUCCUGUCCCCCCUCCCUCGUACAUAUAUUCUAAUAUUCUGAACACUAGGGUAAUAUUUCUUUACUUGAAUAGGCAUAUAUUUUUCUUUUAGGCAUGCUCUAUAAACUUGUUUUUUAGAGAGUGAGU